AUGCUUGAGGUGGAAAUGCUUGAUUGGUGGUUAUGGUUCUUAGAUCUGGUCAGUUCUGGUUGGGCAGAAUGGUCGUAUCAGACACAGAGGGUUAUCGCGCGACUUGGUUUGCAGUCGCCUGCAAUUUCUACUCCAACGAUUCUGGGCUCCUCAUUUGAAUCUGGUGAGACUCACUAUUUUGGAUCAGUGAUUUGUCUUACUCAAGCGGUGUGGCUUGAUAUGCUUCUUUUUUCCAAGUUCAUUAGGUAUCUUCGAUGCUAG